AUGAAGUAUCUUUCAUCCUUCCUGGCCACAGCCGGCAUGGUUGGCAUGGUCCACGCCGCGCCAAAGCUCGACAACCGUCAGCCGGAUCCAAUGACUUGUGCUUGCACGCCCAAUGGUUAUGCUAGCACGAUCACCGUCACACAGACAGAGACCAAGACGGAGACUGCCAUCUACAGCUCGGGUACCAUCAUCUCUCCAACACAGCCAGGCUAUGAGGCACCACCUGGCUACGGUGGGAGUCUGACAGGCGCCGCGUCCAGCACUGGUAGCGCCUUCACUCUCCCAGGCCAGUCUGGAUCUUACAGCUAUUCGAUCGUCACGGUCACAAUCACUGCACCUGGUGGACAGCCAUCUGUCAUCGAGUCCAGCACAGUCGUACCAGCUACUUCGACCGAUGUCUCCCCCGUUACAACUGGCAGUGUCGCUUCUUCAUACAGCUACUCUGUCGUUACGGUCACGAUCACCAAUGGGUACGGCCAGCCUUCUGUGGUGACCUCUAGCACCGCAGUGCCAGUCGUACCAUCCAGCGCUCCAUACUAUCCGGUCCCAGGCAACUCAUCGGUUCUGCCAACAGGCACGGGCAUUCCAAGCUAUGGCUCGCAAAGCAGCGGCAGCAUCAUCUAUCCUGCUGACAUGUCUUCUGCUGCCCCAUACCCAGUGCCUUCCGACAGCGCGCCGUCAUACCAAACAGGCACCGGAAUCCCUGGCUAUGGCUCUUCUAGCUUGAGUAGCACAGACGUUUCGCCGGCAUCGACAUCGUCCAUGCCAAGUGGAGUGACUGUCACCGACAUCACCUCGGUGUACACUACAACUUGCCAAGCAAGCAGCGUCUUGACUACCGGCGGCACGACUAUGACAACGACCUACGACUACUCGACGACUUCCACGGUUACCACGACCAUUCAGUCUACAGUCACAGUGCCCGGAAGCUACCCUGACAGCAGUACCGAAGUAUCUCCCACCGAGACCUCGGCGCCAGGCUCACCGCCUGUGUAUACGGUCACCAUCUCUGAAUCGGAUGUCGUUCCAACCGAAACGGCCUCGAUCUACACCACCACCGUCGUCCAGACUGGCGGCGAAGGUACACCUGAGUCGACUUCAACCAUCGUGCUUACAUUCACACAAUCCUAUCGCUCGACAGUAACAGUACCCGGAGGCAGCACUUCCGUGGUCGUACCAUCGAUCUACACCCUCACUGUAACCGGAUCUCAGAGCAGCGCAGCACCCACCAGCAGCUCAGCUCCUCCUUCCUACGUACCUGCCAACAGCACAGUCGUCUCGCCCACAGGCACGGGCGUGCCGAUCGUCCCGGUGUACUCGAGCAGCACCCCAACGUACAUUUCAUACUCGACAUCCACGGUCUACUCUGCAUCAGGAACUACAUCGAUUCCAGUCUCGACGACUCUCUGCACUCUGACGUUGACGUCAGGUGUGCCAUACAUUCCUUCAACGUCUAGCACAGUUGGAUCUCCGGGUAGUAGCAGCAUCCCUGGACCGGCAUAUUCCAUUCCCUCGUCAGCAGCACAGAACAGCACUGUUAUCGGACCCACAGGCACACAGCCACCGGCUUACUACCCUUCGUCAUCGAGCACCGAAGGAUAUCCCGUCGAGAGCAGCUCCACUCUUUCAUCUCAAUCCAGCGCAUACACAGCGCCACCAGGCUACGUACCUUCCGUCAGCAGCACUGAAGGCUCAGCCAUCACUUCGAGCUCCAGCUCAAUUCCCGUCGUUCCCACUAGCUACCCCGUCGUCCCAGCCGACACCACUGCUCCGGCUUACACAUACGCCCCAUCAAGCAGCAGCAGCAGCAGCAGCACAGAAGGAUCUCCAGUUGAGUCCAGCUCAUCAAUGUCGGCUCCAGGAUAUGCCUACCCAAGUUCAAGCAGCACACCAGGCUCACCAGUCGACUCCACUUCAAGCUAUGUACCCAUUGGCACUGGGACUGGCUACCCCAACAUCCCCGCCAACACCACAACGUAUGGACCAACAGGAACGCAGCCUCCAUACCCGUAUGCAUCGUCUUCCACGAGCACGGAAGGCUCACCCGUUGAGUCAAGCUCAUACACCGCACCGCCAGCAUAUGGACCAACAGAGACUCAGCCCGCGUAUGGUCCCACAUCAUCUUCCUCUAGCACAGAGGGCUUGCCCGUCGGAUCGUCUUCAUACACCGCACCGCCAGCAUACGCCCCAACAUCAUCGUCCAGCACAGAAGGCUCGCCCGUCGAAUCAUCUUCAUACACCGCACCACCGGCGUACGGUCCCACAACCUCAAGCACAGAAGUUGCUCCCCUUCCCACUACUUCCGCAACGAUGGUAUCAUAUGGCGCAUCAUCGACCCUUACUUCCACCGCCACAAUUCCAGCCUAUGGCGAGGAAACUUCGACCGAGGUCUCGCCAGCUCAGUCGACGGCACCACCGGGCUAUGUUAACCCACCAGCUGCGUAUGGAUACCCGGCUGAGCGUAGACAUGCUCGCGCUCUUCGUGGAUGA